ACGAGACGAGUCGAGUCGAGUCGAGUCGAGUCGGCUCGGCUCGAGUCGAGAGAGUCGCCCUCAGGACACCGACACGAGCGCGUUUCCUCGUCAGCAUUGCUCCGCAGGCUCAACACCGCUCCGCUUCAGUCCACCGGCACUCCUGCGCGACACGACAGUCCGCUCGGUAGCACCCGCUUCGCUGCACACGCUCUUCCGACACACUCUCCACGUCUUGGCAGUAACGAGAGAUCAGCUGUUUCGUCGACAGCAACGCACUUUUCACCGAGGGACACCCCAGGACACAACAGGACACCCACCACCGCUCCAGGAUGAGGGAGAUCGUGCAUUUGCAGGCUGGACAAUGCGGGAACCAAAUCGGCGCCAAGUUUUGGGAAGUGAUCUCCGAGGAGCACGGGAUCGACCAGUCCGGUAUCUACCACGGGGACAGCGAUCUUCAGCUGGAGCGGAUCUCGGUGUACUACAACGAGGCAUCCGUCGCCACGUCGACGAAUGGAGGGAAAUACGUGCCCAGGGCGAUCCUGCUGGACCUCGAGCCGGGUACGAUGGACGCGGUGCGUUCGGGCGCAUAUGGGAAGCUGUUCAGGCCGGACAACUUCGUGUUCGGACAAUCCGGAGCGGGUAACAACUGGGCGAAAGGACACUACACGGAGGGCGCUGAGUUGGUAGACUCUGUUUUGGACGUGGUGCGUAAGGAGUGCGAGAACUGCGACUGUCUCCAAGGCUUCCAGCUGACCCAUUCUCUGGGCGGCGGCACCGGGUCGGGUAUGGGAACCUUGCUGAUCUCCAAGAUUCGCGAGGAAUAUCCGGACAGGAUCAUGAACACGUACUCGGUGAUGCCGUCGCCAAAGGUGUCGGACACCGUCGUCGAGCCGUACAACGCGACGCUGUCGGUUCACCAGCUUGUGGAGAACACGGACGAGACGUACUGCAUCGACAACGAAGCCCUGUACGAUAUCUGUUUCCGCACGCUGAAGGUCUCGAAUCCUAGCUACGGGGACCUGAACCACCUGGUCUCGCUGACGAUGUCAGGCGUGACGACCUGCCUAAGGUUUCCCGGACAGUUGAACGCGGAUCUGAGGAAGCUGGCGGUGAACAUGGUCCCGUUCCCCCGGCUGCACUUCUUCAUGCCGGGAUUCGCUCCUCUGACCUCUAGAUCGAUGCAACAGUACUCGGCGCUCUCUGUGCCGGAGCUGACGCAGCAGAUGUUCGACGCGAAGAACAUGAUGGCCGCCUGCGAUCCGAGGCACGGAAGAUACCUCACCGUCGCCGCCGUUUUCCGGGGUCGGAUGUCGAUGAAGGAGGUCGACGAGCAGAUGCUGAGCGUGCAGAACAAGAACAGCUCGUACUUCGUCGAGUGGAUACCGAACAACGUGAAGACGGCCGUGUGCGACAUCCCGCCGAAGGGGCUGAAGAUGUCGUCGACCUUCAUCGGCAACACCACCGCCAUUCAGGAGCUGUUCAAGAGGAUCUCGGAGCAGUUCACCGCCAUGUUCCGCAGGAAAGCGUUCCUGCAUUGGUACACCGGAGAGGGUAUGGACGAGAUGGAGUUCACCGAGGCCGAGUCGAACAUGAACGACCUGGUGUCCGAGUACCAGCAGUACCAAGAGGCCACGGCGGAGGAGGACUUCGAGGCCGAGGAGUGCGCGGACGACUUCGAGACCUGCGAUCAGGAGUAGACUGUCUACUUCCGAACGAGUAAAGGCCGAUUUGUGUCGUUCGUUCGGGCACGGAACGUUUGCGGAACGUUUCGCGGUUCGGGCAAGUGCGACGUUCUAGUAUUUUAUGUCAGCCGUUCGAAUCCUUUCGGUUGUACGUACAAUUAUCGCGGUUGACGCUAGAUUUAUCGAGCACUGUACGCGGCUCUUUCAUAUUAGUUUGUAAUAGUUAGGAAUAAGACGUUUAUUCUAAUUUUUCCACAAGUAAUUCGUACAUUGAAUAAAUCACUCGUAAAUGUAUCUUUGAACAAUUUUGACCGGUUCGGUAAGCAUAGUGUUGAAAAUGUUUCCACAUUUAUCGGUAAAAGAUCUGCGCUACGCAGCGGUAUUGUUCGAUGAAGAGGGAGGAGAAUAGGAAAAGGAAACGUCGUUUUGCUGUACAUCAAAUUUUCGAGGAAAGUUAAUGGAUAAUAUUGGACAUUAUUGUCAAAGAAUUAGGUUCUUACUAACUCUCUUCAUUUUUGGUUAUCCAUAUUGAGUUAGUUUACGUCACGCGUCCGUCUUUAACGAGAUUUUGGUCCGCGAUACUAAAUAUAAUCAGUCGAAUCGGUUUAUAAUAAUAUCCGCCAGAACCGAGCCGCUUCGUGAACGUUCCGUGGCUUAACAGAGGAUACAAAUCGAUCUUAAACCCUCCGCCCUCUCUCGCCCGUCUAUCGAAAGCGGCCCGAGUCGGUUCCGGGCACACGUGGUUCGCUUUUUAUACUUUUAUACGCGAUAGGGCAUCUUCUUCAGUUUCGCUUCUUUUUUCAUGGAGUUCGAAGGACAUCGAGGCUGGCCGAGGGAGACGCGUCGCUCGCUUCAGCGGUAGAGGGUCACGGAGGGGGCGGUGGUAGACAAAGACAAUCCCCGACGACCAAACGCCAAAGCACCGCAACCAAAAAUCUGCCUUCUCUGUUACAUCCGCAAACAUUAUUCAUAUAUCGUAAGCCUGUAAUCGUGGCACGCGUUUUACGGUAGCGCAAGUUUGUUCCUUACGAAAAUAUAAGAAUUUUUUCAAGUACA